AUGCUCCGCGCCCUUGUGCGCGGAGAGGGACCGGCCCAUCGGGAUCGGGUGUUCGGAAGGGCCGAAGAGCAGCCGGUCAUCGGAUGGGCGCUGCCGAGGUUCUACAUCACCGGCUGCGUGACGUGGUUUCAGACGAGGGGUGUCCCUUGCGACCAACCGCUGCAGUGGUGGCUCCUGGUCGCGCUGGUCACCCCGAUCUUGCACAAGCAGACGUGCCAGCACGAUGGCACCAGCAGUAGUUUUCACAAGAUUGUACUCGCCAUGGAGCUUGUUUACGUGGUCAUGGGGACGUGGCUUCUGUUCUCCUGCAGCACUUGCUCGGACACAAAUUCUAGAUUGUACAACUUUGUCGCCUACUACUUGGCUUACAAAGUGCUGGCUCGGUCACUUUUGUGCUUCACCUCUUGCGGGAUGAUGACGUUGAUGUUCUUCAUCGCACGGCGAGGCCUCCUCGACAGCAGUCACGGCGGCAUGGCAGCCAGACCAGGAUUUGUGGAGGAGAAUCGAGACAGUUGA